CAUAUUUAUUAAUUACCUCAAAUGAGGGGCUUUUUAUAUGAAUCUCACCAUCUCUCUCUCUCUUUUACUUCUUUCUCGUGAAACAGAGGCUGAGCAAAGCAGAGUGGGGAAAAAGGAAGGAAUGGAUCUCAACCCAAAUAGCAAGGACAAGAAGAAGAGCAUAGACCAAUCCUUGCUACUCUGCUGCAAGCUGUUUAUCUCUGAAGCACGUGACCAUGCAACCCUUGAUGCCAUCGAACGGGCUGGGAGGGUUGACCCAGAAACUGUUGUCGUCAACAAAUUUGUGGAUCGAUCUUACAACAGGACUAGGUACACCCUCGUAUCCUACGUUGUCCACGACAUCACCGGCAGUGCCGUUUACAGCCCGUUGCGGCAAACUGUCCUCGCCAUGGCCGAUGCUGCCUUUGGAGCCAUUAACCUUGAGUCGCAUUCUGGGGCUCACCCCCGGCUUGGCGUCGUCGACGACAUUCUUUUCCAUCCAUUGGCUCGGGCAUCAUUGGAUGAAGCUGCUUGGCUUGCCAAGGCUGUGGCAGCCGAUAUUGGCAAUAGAUUCCAAGUGCCAGUAUAUCUGUAUGCUGCUGCACACCCAACUGGCAAGGCUCUAGACACCAUCAGGAGAGAGCUUGGAUUCUACCGGCCCAAUUUCAUGGGCAACCAAUGGGUAGGGUGGCCCAUGCCUGAAAUGCUUCCGGAGAAGCCCGAUGAAGGCCCAAACACUGUUUCUCGAGCAAGAGGAAUCUCGAUGAUCGGGGCUCGUCCAUGGGUUGCAUUGUACAACAUACCCAUCUUGUCAAGAGAUGUCUCGGCUGCUCGAAGGAUCGCUCGCAUGGUGAGUGCCCGAGGCGGCGGGCUUCCGACAGUGCAAACACUGGGCUUGGUUCAUGGUGAGGACUCAACAGAGAUAGCUUGCAUGCUGUUGGAGCCAAAUCAAAUUGGUGCAGACCGGGUCCAGAACCAGGUUGAGAUGCUAGCAGCCGAAGAAGGGUUGGAUGUGGAGAAGGGAUAUUUUACUGACUCUUCACCAGAGAUGAUUAUUGAAAAUUACAUGAAAUUGAUCUCUGCUGAAAGAGACUAAUCAAAGCCUAUUGAACAACCAGUCAAGAUCUAUAAAGUUUCUAUUUGCCAA